CUGCAAUACUCGUUAUCUACUUCAUCUCUUAGUACCUCAUGAAUUUGUACGAUAUUGCCCGUGGACCCCAAUUCUAUGUCUACGUAUACACUUGUCUAAGCUCAUUCGUUGAGCCCGUUUGUCCCUCAUGCUCAUCACAAUCACAUGUCUCGGCGCACACGUUGGCACUAUGCCGCGUGGUCUGCUCUUUGUACUUUCUCAGCUGACAUGUCUAGCCAUAUGAGGAGUCCUUUGUGUUCUAUGUCCCGAUGCUGGACAAAGACGAGUAGCACACGUCUCCGAAGUGCUCACCACACCUUGCUCUACCCACCCAUGGAGCACUCUCUAACUCCCCUCGAGUAUAUCUCGUACUGCUGUACAAUCUUCUCGACCGUUCUCAUCGCGUAUGCAAGCUUCGCUUGGCUCAGACGUCCGUCCAAACGCACUAGAGUGAGGCCAAAUUACGCAUUCUCCGCUUCCACCAGGAUCCGCCGUCAAGGCCCUACUAUAUUGGAAUUCGCAGCGCGUGUUCCACCUGGAAAUGGUGCAGAGCCUACGGUAGUCAGAGUGUUCCGCAAAUCCAUGCAGACCAACGAUGUAAAGGUGAAGGACGAAGGAUCUGAGCGUACGAAAUACGAUCAUGCCAUAACAAGAGCGGAAGACGGUGCACCUCUGGAUCCUUUGCACAUGUUCGCCUUGCAUGCCGCUAUAAUGGAUUCGGGUCCGAGAAACUCGCAGCGCGCUGAGUCGCACCCGAGACAGAAGGCAUCCGGUAGUUCUAUGAUCGCUCGGGCUUCUCUGCCUCCUCCCGCCACUGGCCGAUCUUCUUCCACUCCCCCAACUGCAACCCGUGCUACCCUUCGCACGUCAUCCCGCUCCUCUUCAUGUGCUCCUCCUUCCUCGCUACCGCUAGAGCAUACGACUUCGGUUAGUCAUCGCAGUGAACAACCUACUCCAAACUAUCAGUCCACUUCGAUGACACGGUCCACAUCGCGACAGUCUACCCCUGGACCGAAGAAGGUGACACGGUCCACAUCGCGACAAUCUACCCCCGGGCCGAAGAAGCACGUUCGUAUCAUGGUACCUACAGAUAGAGAUGGAGAUUUACUCGUACUUGAGAAGCGGCGACGGGUGAUCAGAGACACCAAUAGCUCCUUGUUCACGGAAUGGUUCGAAACCGAAUCACAGGAACCGCUCAUUGCACCGCCACAGUUGCAUCCAAGCUGCAACGUCAAGAUUGGGGACUUGUACCUCAAUUCAUCCGACGACGAGGUUCAUGUUUGGAUUCGCACAACCGAUGGAGAUGCUGACGAAGGGGAGCCUGAGUACUGGAAGGCUAUCACAGUUGGAUAUGUGCGCGAUGACGGUCGACGGCUGACACUCACGGCCACAUUGAAAGUUCCUUCUUGGGUUGGCAAGUCGUGGGGUUCCAAACGCAUGGCGGCGCAGUCUCGAUAGUGUCGCGCGAAGAAUGAAGAGAUGUGACAGGCAUCGUCUGUGUUCUGUAAAGAUCUAUGCGCGAAGGAAGAAGGGAUGUGAGAGGUAUCG